CAAAUAGUCACACGUGUAUCUAAUACGUUUUAAAUACAAUUUUAAAUUACUUAAUCAUGUAUAAAAUGUAAAUAAGUUUUAUUUUCCUUUUUUUAAAUUAAAUCGUGAAAGAAAUAAUAAAAUUAAAUAUAUUGGAAAAACCCGUAUUUUUUGUAUAUAUUUACUAAUGUUAGUCUAAACUACUUUAAUUUUCAAAAGAUAUAGAUUAAUUCUACAGACACAGAAUAAUAUGGGCGCGAACAUUAGCAAGCCAGGGACCGUUAGACGUAAAUACCGGAUACCAAAGAAAGUACGUAAACUUUUCAAGAGGAAGGCAAAAUACAUUGUGAUUGAGCAUGACAAGGUUGAUUCCGCUGUUCCAUUUCUACCUGACGGCAAUAAAUCAAAGAAGGGUACCGAUAAAAAUGCUCAAAGGAGUGUAUCAAUAGAGACAACACUAGAUGGAGAUCUGGAACUAUGCAUAAAUGGAGCUCAUGAAUAUACCGACAUGCCUUCAGACAUUUCUGAAUUGGAAGACGAGGGCAGUUUUGUUUCCAUGGAUACUUCGGGCAAUGAACGAGAUCAGAUUACUACUCCGGUUUCCCAAGUGGAAAGUCUGUUUGACAGGAGGUCAAUACAUACAUCAGAUUCUGCACUAGACAUACACUACAACACUGACACAUCUGUCGACGAUUGUCACCUUUGUAAGGCGAAAAAUACGGAAUACAUGAUACACGUAUUCUUGCCAAAACUCCAAAGGCAUCUUAAUGUGAAAGAGAUACUGCCAUAUCUUACCUAUAUAGAUGAAAGUGAUGCAAGAACAAUAUCAACCACAGAGCCACAUGAGCUAGCAGUUGAGAAGUUGAUAGACACCAUAGAGAAUAAUGUAGACCAUGUUGAUGGAGGAAAGUGGUUGAUGUUUCUCGGGGCUUUGGAAGAGAUAGGUAACAUUUACUUGUACCAGUUGUUGACUGGACAAACAGAAAAGGAUCACCACUUCACUGCACAGAUUCUUAAAGUUAUGAAACCGAGCCUUAUCAAUAACAUACACCUGAAUGAGGUUAUCGAUCUACUCUUGGAGAAAGAGAUCAUAAAUGUGGAGGACCAAGGUCAAAUAGAAAGCGCGGAUAAAAACCAUGGACCAAUCCAAGCCGUCCGGGUAAUGCUUGAGAAGGUAGACAAGAGGAUUCCAAACUGGUAUACCGAAUUCGCAGAUGUUCUUAACAAGGCGGGGAUGUCGGAAAUAGCAGGUGUGUUUAAGAUGAUCGAGCACCACGAACAUAUUAGAGCAGACGUUGACGAAACGCCAGUGGAGAAUCCACCAAUUGGCAAACGCCUCAAACGGAAGUUCAUGAAUGGAACACGAGGAAAAUGUAAUUUACACAAUCGCAUAGGGUCUGCAUGUUGCAACGCGAUUACCCACGAGCCAAAAUCAACACGAAUUAGAGCUGAAGCAAAUGAAGACAAAGAAGAAGAUGGUGGUACGACAAACAUGGCUUUUUCGAUGACAUCACUCAGACAGCCUUUUGAGAUGGAAUUAGAUGAGCUAAAGAAGGAAAUGUCUGAUCUACAGAAAAUCGGCUCGUCUGUGGGAAUUAUAGAACGUAACCAGAACGAGUUGAUGAAAAAGAUUGACUCAUUGAUAAACAUGGUGAAUAAAUCCUCCGAUGAACUGAUGUUGUUAAAGAAGCAAAUAGCUGGAUAGGUUUCGCUAGGGUUUACACCUUUGAGGACAUAUUAUGGUCAAAUUUGAUAUUCGGAAAAAAAACGAUAAUUACAAUACAGUCUCUUUUGAAAUGCAAAACAUCCCCUUUGAAAAAAAAGUAGAGAAAAUAUGUUCGUUUUAAACUCUACACACUACAGAUAAUCACAAUAUGCUUACAUAGUGUCAUUAAAUAGACCAAAUUAAUUUGACAAGUAAUACAAACUUACUUCCAAACUUCCGAAACAUAGUUAAUACAUUCACUUAUUUAAAUUAGAUAUAUCCAGGAAGAAUUUACUAGAUUUUAACAAAUUACUGCACUAAAAGUAUUU